AUGCCUCCCCAUCCCGAAACAACACCUCUCCCCUCCCCAUUCCCAAAUACCUCCCCCGCCAUCCCCAAGCCCACAACCGCAAAAUCCCAAGAAUUCACCCUCCCCAAACUACGACUCGAGAUCCGCGAUCUCACCCACCCCGGCGCCAACCUCGUCUUUACCACCGUCAACGCCUCCCAAACCAUCAUCACCGCCGCCCGCAACGUCCUCCGCCUGCUGUACAACUCCCCCUCCGACCCGACCACCACGCCGCCGCCCACCCGCUCCGUCACCUUCAUCCUACGUGACAUGCCGGGCGUGGCCUACGCAACGGGCAUAGAACUCGACGACGACCACAAGGAGAUUCACUUCUCGCUCAACCACAUCGUCAACACGGCCAAGGACCGUACCGGCCGGGAGAUCACCGGCGUGGUCACCCACGAGCUGGUUCACUGUCUGCAGUGGAAUGCGUUUGGCACAUGUCCGGGCGGGUUGAUUGAGGGUAUUGCCGACUGGGUGAGGCUGAAUUGCGAUCUGGCGCCGCCGCAUUGGAAGAAGGAGGUCGUUGAGAAGUGGGAUGCGGGAUAUCAGCAUACGGCUUACUUUUUGGACUAUUUGGAGAAGAAGAUUGGGGAGGGGUUUAUCAGAAGGUUGAAUGAGAAGUUGAGGAUUGAGAGGUACGAGGAGAAGAGGUUUUGGUUGGAGUUGACGGGAAGGACUGUCAAUGAGCUGUUCAAGGAAUACGUCGCGAGCAUCACGGGAGAGCAGUAG